UGAAGCAUCAUCAUCAUCGUCAUCAUCAUCAUGGUGAAUUGGCUGGGUAAUUGCAGACACUAUUCACAUCUUGCAGCCAAGGUUACGUGCAAGUAUGGUCCAUGGGUAGUGGCUCCAGCCAAGGCGGCCACAUUUCGAGAAGGUCGAGCAAGGAAGACACUUCUGCGCGAGCGCGGUUUCGUUUGACCCGGACCCAGCGAUGGCAGGCACAUGAGACUAAAGUGGUCGGACUGGCUUUUAUCAACAAUGACCGCUUGCUGGUGACAGCAACAUUUGAUGUCGCCCGGCUAUGGACAGAAGAGGGUGCGCUCGUUGGUGAUUUUGGCCAAAGCAAGCUGUGGGAUCUUGGAAGAGUGGAGACAUGGGCAUACAGAACACCACGGGUGGUCAAGGAAACGGCGGACAAGGAGGGGGGAGCAGAAAAGGGACAACAGCAACCAGAUGGCUCUGCUCAAGGAAAAGCAGGUGGAGGAGAUGCCGGCUCUGAAGACGGUUCUAAGGAUGGAGAGAGUGAGAUUGGAUGGGAUAGUGGACAGAAGAUAGACAGAGUGAUUGAAGGACUCUCGCAAAAGAUAAAGCAAUGUCUGACAGCCGAUCUUGAGCGUCAAUACAAAAAUCGCCUUGAAAUAAAGCCUCUGUCACCGAUACCCAGGACACUUUUUCCAAACAGAGUAAAGGAGGCGGCGAAGAAUUAUCUACCCAGUAAGCAUGACUCCAAGGGAGCCUUGUAACACAGAGGUAGCCGACCGGACCCCAGAGCUAACUGGAGCUAAUUGGAACUAUUUGGAACCACCAACCAGACCUAAUUGGAACUAUUUGGAACUAUUUGGAACCGGCAACCAGGGCUAAUUGGAGCCAAUUGGAGCUCAUUGGACCUAAUUGGAACUAAUUGGAACUAAUUGGAGCUAAUUGGAGCAAAUUGGAGCUAAUUGGAACCGGCAACCAUGAGUCGAAAGGAGGGUUGUAGCACAGAGCUUAUUGGAGCCGGCAAUCG